AUGCAGUGGUACUUGCACUUGCACGUGACUACUGUGCGCACACGGCGCGCCAGCGAUUGCGCCCACCUUUACAACAAUGAAAAAAUAAUCGGAGACGCGAUACAAUCUAAGAUAAAGGGCCUCUUCAUCGUGGGCAAACUCUGGAGCACUUUACAUCGACCGCCAUUAGUCGAGCCGGCUCUAAAAGAAACACUUAAAAACCUACAAUUGGAUUACCCCGAUCUUUACUUGAUGCAUUGGCCUCAAGGCGAGUUCGUUCCAGUUGAUCCCGGCUUGGUUAUUCCCAGUGACGUUGAUUAUGUCGACACCUGGAAGGCGAUAGAGGAGUUGCAAAGGAAAGGGCUGACGAGGUCGUUGGGAGUGUCGAAUUUCAAUAGCAAACAAAUUGAGAGGCUUUUAAAGGUGGCCUCAAUUGUGCCAGUGACAAAUCAGGUGGAAUGCCACCCUUACUUAAACCAGGCAAAAUUGCGUAAAUUUUGCCAAGGCAGGGGGACCAUUUUAACAUCCUACUGUCCACUAGAGAAAGACCCUGGAAGAAAUUGGAGAAAAAUACGAAAAAUAUAUAACUAGGCAACAUUGUUAUUCCGAAAUGUUUGAAAAAUAAAUGACUGAGUGAAAAUA